CCGCGGCCCAACGGCCGCGCCUCGGGGCCGGGGGAGUGGGGUUGGGAGCGUGGCGCGCGCCGCCACCUCCUCCUCGCGCCGCGGCCUCGCCCCACCCUCGCAGGUGAGCCCCGGCCUCGGCUGCCCAGCGGUGCCUGCGCGCUCCCCGCCGCUUGGCCAGAUGUGUUGCCGGGCUGCUACUUGAGCUGAAGGAUCGGUAGACUGCUUUUUGUCUGGUCCUUUGCUUUCCAAAUCUGCCCUGGGUGUUCAGCUGCAGGAGUGAAAGCUCCUUCUGGAACCGUGGUCUGUGUCCUUGAAGAUUUACACACUCAAGAAUCCUUUGUGCUCUUCCACAAAGCUGCAAACAGCUUUGAUCAGAAAAAAACAACAGCAUAAAACGUUAGUUUCUGAGUUGAUCCAAGGACCAUUUCAUCCUGCAAGAAUCAGAUAGCAAGAUCUUCAUAAACUUCCUCUAAAGAGGAAACAUGUCUGAAAUUGACUAUGAAAAGUUAGCUGAAAUAGAACUGCAGAGAGACGAAGCAGAAGAUGCACAAUCUGACCAGGAAAAAUCAUUUAUUCCACCACCACUGGUAGAUCCUGAACUAAAUAUUAAUCACCCCUACUAUGAUGUUGCAAGACAUGGCAUCAUUCAGUUAGCAGGUGAUGACAAUUCUGGAAGGAAGGUGAUUACUUUCAGUUGCUGCCGUAUGCCUCCCUCCCAUCAGCUCAAUCACACCAGAUUGCUGGAGUAUUUAAAGUAUACCCUGGACCAGUAUGUAGAGAAUGAUUAUACGAUUGUCUACUUUCACUAUGGCCUGAAGAGUCAGAAUAAACCAUCCCUGAAAUGGUUGCAAACUGCCUACAAAGAAUUUGACAGGAAGUAUAAGAAAAACCUUAAAGCACUGUAUGUUGUACAUCCAACCAACUUCAUAAAAAUUCUGUGGAAUAUUUUUAAACCUCUUAUAAGCCAUAAGUUUGGGAAAAAAGUCACUUACUUGAACUAUUUAAGUGACCUGAGAGACCAUCUCAAGUAUGACCAGCUUAAUAUCCCUCAAGAAGUCAUCCGACAUGAUGAAAAUCUUCGGGGGAAACAGAAGGGCAAACUGCCACCUGUGAUGAAGAUUCCUCCACCAAGACCACCUCUACCUACCCAGCAAUUUGGGGUCAGCCUGCAAUAUAUCAAGGACAAAAAUGAAGGUGAACUUAUCCCACCAGUACUGAAGCAAACUGUGUCCUACCUAAAAAUAAAAGGACUACGAGUAGAGGGCCUCUUCAGAAGGUCAGCCAGCAUCCAAACUAUCAAAGAUGUUCAGAAGCUCUACAAUCUGGGCAAGUCUGUGAAUUUCGAUGACUAUGAUGAUAUCCAUAUUCCUGCUGUUAUCCUAAAGACUUUCCUUAGGGAACUCCCUGAGCCAUUACUAACCUUUGAGUGUUUUGAUCAUAUCCUUGGAAUCACCAGUGUGGAGAGCAGUUUACGUGUAACCAGAUGUAAACAAAUUGUUCAAGGACUUCCUGAACACAAUUACGUUGUUCUGAAAUAUCUGAUAUGCUUUCUCCAUAUGGUUUCACAGGAAAGCAUAUAUAACAGAAUGACAGGAUCCAACCUAGCCUGUGUCUUUGGUUUGAAUUUGAUCUGGCCACCUAAAGGAGCAGCCUCUCUGAGUGCUUUGGUACCUCUAAAUCUCUUCACUGAACUUCUUAUAGAUUUCUACUCCAAUAUAUUCAACUCCCGAACAGUGCCUGGUGAGAUCUUACCUUAGCGCUCCUGGAAAAGGAAACAGUGUGUGGCUGCCUGGAGGAAGAGUCUCCAUAUCUGAACUUACGUGAGCCUUAUAUUCAGGGCUCUCUGUUGUAGAGAACAUUUUCAACGCACAGUAAAGUUUCUAUAACUUUCCAAAAACCAAAGAUGCUGGGAGAAGCACACUUUCCAAUAUGCUCUCUUCCCAUGGGAAAUGUUCCAAAUCCAAUAGCUAAAAAAAAAUCAUGCCACAGGGUGCCACUCUGUUAUUUAUUUAGGGAUAUGGAGAUCUCACUACCUGCCAUUAUUUUCUGAGGCUAUACAGAGCUAAGUUCUGGACCACUCCUGACUAUACAGCCUUUUUUAUUAUUACUUAUUUGGUAACAGGUUUAUUACAAGUUUAUCUAAUAAGUGAAUAAAGAUGGAAUCAGUUUUUAAGAUACUAAAAUUUUGAGAACUGUUUUUGAUACAUUUAAGUGCCUGUAUAUAAGAUGUUGUGUGGAGUUGUGACACAUCAGGUUUGCAACUGCCAUGGAGAGUGAAGUAUUAAAGCUGUGCAGACAGCUAGCUAAUUAUGCUUGCAAAUAUUUAAUAUGCCCAGUUAAUCACUGUAGCUGCAUAUGCAAAGUGUAUGGAAGAUUUUUUAUAAGUUCAAAUGGGGAGUUCAAAUCUUAGUUUUUUUAUUUAAAUACUUGGAUAUUUUGUUUAUAUCAAUGACUGCAUAAUUCAGAAUAUAGAAUAACUUUGAGAAGAGCAUUGCUUAUGUCUGGGCUGCAUGCUUUGCAAUUUGAGUUGAUAGAAAUUGGCUCUUCAAAUCAGUUUCUCUAAAAUGCAGUAACAGCAACAACUUGGAUGAUAUACCUAAUGUCACUUUUAUAUGUUUAAAGUCUGUUAUUAAUCCCAAUAUGAACAAUUAGCCAAAAUAACAAGGGAAAUUUCAGUGUUUUCUAACUAUGCUAUUAAUGGUACUUGUAUUGGAUGAACUCUAACACACUGCUCGUUCAUUGUUUAACUCUGAUAACGGGGCGGCGUAACGGUUAUCGUUACAGUUGCUUGCAAAGCAAAAGAAAAUGAACCAGUGGUAACAAAGGUAAGCAGUAUUUUCCCUAAUGGUCUGCUCUUGUACAAAGCUACUCAAAGAGAGAGAUCAUUCAGGCUUUGAUAAAACUGCAGGCCAAUUUAGCCACCCCCCCCCUCUGUAAACAUAAAGCCACUUUUUAUCCUGUAGCUUCUAGGUAGUUGAGAGUUUGUAAUCCUUACCUUCAUCUCAGCGGUUAUGAAUUAUCCAUCCAUGUAGAAGAUGUAACAGAACUGCACUGCAGUGGAUAAAAGAUGAUUUGUUCUUGUCAGCAGUUUAGGGAAAUAACCAAAUAUUUGAAAAGCUGCAGAAUGCUGGAUGUGUCAGGCCUUCAAUUGCCCAGUAGGUGUCAUCUAUAGCAUUAGGUAGUGAUUAAAAUUUGAAAAAUACAGAGGCUUUGGAGCAAGGUAUUUUAGGACGAACUUCUCAAAUUAUGGUGAUGUAUUUUGCUCAGUUCCUCAGGUGUCUCAAGGACAACUUUUUACUCGCAAAUGUUUGUAAGUAAUAAGCAAACCUUAUUCCUAUUUAAAUGUAAAAUAUUGCAUAAUACAAAGAGAAUAACUUGUAUUCAUAAUUGUUGCAUUUUAGCAAAAUGAGAUUGCAAAAGAUAAAGCUGUCUAACUUUUGUACUGCAACUAGUCUUAGUUUUAGACCUGAAUUAUCAGUGACAGCAUCGUAGUCUACUGUGUUACGAAAAAUAAACACAAUUGUAUGCAGUGUGGUUCUGUGAAUCAGCACCAAGUACCUACAGGGGAAAAAUUUGGCUUUGAGCCAAUGACCAAGGCUAGGAAUCAACAAAACCUGAUUAUUUUGCCACUAUGUAACUCCCUGACCUUGGACAAAAUAUGUGCGUCUUAGUUUCCCUGUCUGUAAAAGGAAGUAGCAUUGAAACCUGGCAUUUGAAAAGUGCUUUGGGAUUAAAUGCUAAUAAGUACUAGUUGUAUUUCAUUUUCCCAUGUUUUCCUCAAAAAAUCUAGCAAAAUUAAAGGACAUUUUAAAUUUAGUAGUCUUCAGGCAAAGUUGUGUAAUGGGAAUCAGAGUACUGAGCAGUUUUGGUAAGGUGGCUUACCAGAGCCCUGUGGGGUGAAAUCCUAAGUUCCUGAAUAUCAACUUUGCUUAAGCCAGAGCCCUCAGACUGGGGAGUUUACCUCAUAGUUUUAGUUUUCUUACUUUCUUUUCCUUUCCUAGGUUAGGAGAGAGCAGGAAUUUCCCAGCGUAGUGGGAGUGUGCUAGUGAAGGGAGCUGCUAGGCACAGCUGCCUCCUAUCCCUGCAGUAAUUCCUGCAAUAGUGGCCAUGGUGUAUUCGACCUUUUCUUUUCUUUUAUUCUAUCUUUUAGCAAGUGUUGGUCUUAGGCAUCAAUCACCUAUUGCAUGAAUCAGCAACAAGUAGAAAGUACAAGCAAUGAGCUUCACUUUGGCUAUUUUGUCUGCCAGGAGACAUGGGAGAUAUUUAAAAUCAGACUCACACCAUACAUACAAACUAUAGGUGGUCCUUUUAGUUCUUUGUGAACUAUCAUUUUGCUGGAAUUAAUAGCUCCUAUCAUUUACUGAAUGAAGAACAAAACGGCAUUUUCACAUUCCAAGGUUGCUUCUUUCUUGAAAUAACAGAUACCAUCUGUUACCCAUCAGUUUGGGAAAUUCGAUGCUACUUAAGCAAAAUAGAGCCUCUGGUUCUGAUUGCCAUAAGCCCUCGUGCUGGCAGGGACAGGUGCUCUCUCUCUGUGUUUCCUUCCUGCCUCUCCCGGAUGCGGCCAUGAGAAGAAGGAAGUAUCAUACCGGCAUCAGCCCAGCCUUUUCCUGCAAGACGGGAAGGGACUUCCCCAGAUGAAGUAGCAAAUCACUCCUGCAAGAGCCGAUCUCCAUCCCCCCUGCCCCAAAGGAGCUGGCAAAAUCUGACAUCUGCCGCAGAGCCCCUGAUCUCCGGCCUGAAUGCCAGAUUUAACUACAGCAUUAAAUCAGCACUCAUGAAUUAUUCAGAAGGGUUUGGAGUGAAAUUCGUGUUAGAGAAAUAUAUGUUUCAAAUUUCCUGACUCUGAGAGGAGUCCUGGAGGUGUCCCCUGCAGUUACUUUGAUAACAGUUUCUCUUUACAAAUGAUAAUUGCGCGAGUCGAGCUUUUGUACAGUGUGGCCUUGUGAACUCUUCUCUCAUAUCAAAGAACAAUUUUCAGAUCAUUUCCAUAGCAAAAAGUGAUUAUGGAGAUAAUCUGUUGGAAACACAUACUGGAUUUCAGUUUAAAACAAUAAAAUACAGUCAUGAAAUAAGAAA